AUGGAGAUGCCAAUAUUGGCACACCACUACGAAAUAAAUCCCCUCCAAAACAAACUCACAGAGCUUGGCCACUAUGAGUCUGCUGUGCUCGUGACUUGCUGCGGCGUCCAAGUCGUUCCUGGUACGGUAAGAGCAAUGUCUGCGCCAGGCACCAAAGGCGAAGCGGACAGGAAUUUGGUGUCGCAUGAUCCUGCAAGAGGUGCAAAUGACACACUUCAGUGGUGGCCUUCUGGAAAGCUCAAGGCGUCAGCCCCCAAGACAUGGAGUCUUAUUAAGACAAAGUGA